UGAAUUCCAUGCUGCAGUCCAUUUGCGCAGUAUUGGCCUCCCGCAUGUCUGUGUCACAUACCACUACAAUUUGAAAAACAGUGGCUGGAGCGGGAACAGAGUCACUGACACUGGGAGGGUGUCGGUCAUGUCGCGGACCCGAGCUAGGCAGCAGCCGCCACUAGUGUGUAUGAACCCUCUACCUGGUCGUGACCCUUCUUCAAUUGGGCUGUCUCGUAUCCAUGUUACAUCCGAGCAAUAUGAUGGGGUGACUGGUUAUAAGAAUACUUCAAUAUCCAGCCUCGUCGCGCAGAUACUUGCAGGAUUCCGUGAGGAUUCUGGUAAUAUCCGAGCUUGGAUAUUUUAUCUCAAAACACAGUGGAACUGUUACCUUGUGUUGCCCGAUCAUGAUCUGUUGACGUGCCGAAGUGCCCAAUACAGUAAUGUUGAUAUAUAUUAUUGUUGUAACACACCCUUUCGGCGCGGGCCCACACUUCCGGGUGAUCUUUCGCUGCACCAUAUAAAAGGACAAGCUUUCUUGAUCACUUAUCCUGGUCCCAGUGUCUUGUUCUCGCUCUUUGACGACGACCUCUUACUGCACCUUCAUUGAAUUUGAUCUCUCAAGUCCUUACUUGAGCGGGCGUCCGCCAUGCGUUUCACUUCAUCUUUAAUACUACUUGGCACCUUUUCUGCUGUUCGAUUCGCUGUCGCGGACUUCACCUACUCUAAUCUCGUAUGCGACGUAGAGGGUGGAGGUUUCUACAAUUCAAGUCUCAUCAUGCCCAGUAAAGUCUCUACGUGCAACAACGCGUGGGACUACUCAUAUAACCAGACGAUAUCGAACGCAGAGCCUAAUCCAACU